AUAUUUUAACUGAUACAGACACAGAGCCACAGAGUGAAAACAAUGCCAGCUACACAAUCAUUGCUGAAUGAGCCUGGAGCCCUUUCUAGCAGACCUGGAAAAGGUGAUGUUUAUCUCCCAGCCAUCACAGCUAAGGCUUCAAGCCUGAACUCAAUCAGAGGCAGUCUGAGUCAGUCGUGCCCUUACCUAUAUGACAAACGAAGAGGAUCCUUCUCCUCAGUGGCUUCUCAGAAAACGGGAGGUCGCACUGCAAAACAGAGCAGCCUUAAUGCACAAAAAGAGGCAAAGAAAUCCAAUGUCACUGUGACAAUGACCUACCUUGGACAAAGACAUCGAAAUUUGGGGCUCGGGUCAACUCAGGAUGAACUGAAAGUACUCCAGCAAGUCAAUGGAGGAGAGAAUAUUUGUGUCUUCAAAGGCCUCGUAACUCCAGGCGAGCAGUUCCACUUUUUGUCUCAGAGACAUAGAGGUUACCCAUUCAGUGCUUCCUUUUAUGUCAAUGGCAUCAUGGUGACCAGGAUCAGUUCCUGCUGUGAGUACCGCUAUACUCCUGGCUUCCAACAGGGCAGGAAGAGCUGCUUCAGAUUGACUUGGCUGGCUGGUGGGAUACCCUGCUACAGAUGCACAAAUCUCCGAACCAAAUACAGCUCCAGCCAGCAGCUGAACAACGGCGCAAAGGAGAACUUAAAUCUUUCUCUCGAGCAGAGCACUGGCAAUGGCGUCAUCGAGUCAUGUCCAUCAUCCCCUCUAUUUAUCCCAGCCAAACCUGUGAAGAAAUCCGUGAGGAGGACAAGAAAACACACCAAGGAGGGCAGCAGAGGAUCAACAGACAGCGAAGACCUCCCUGUAGCUGGAAUUAAAGAGACCUCCAAAAAGAAACGACGCAAGGGUCAAACUAAUCAGAAGGAGAGCAAAGGCAAGACAGCUGGAAAUGACAGAGGAGAAGAGAGACAAGAUGGCAAGAGCUCAACAAGGUCAACAGUGAUGGAAAAAUUUGAAGACAAGGCAUCGUCUGCCAGACGAGAGCAGGACAGAGCAACCAGCCCUGUCACAAUCCUGCAUACGGGGCAGCUGUCAUCGAACACGAUAAGCAAAUUUCCCGAUUCAUUGCGGGAUGAGGAAGCACUGACGAAGCAGAACAGAGAGAAACAGAAGGGCCUUGGAUCAAAUGGGAAAAACAGAGAUGGGGAAAAGCUGAAGGACUUCUAUGAAGAAUGUGUGGAAAUGAGUGCUGCGUUGAAGCAAGGCCCAAGCAAACAUCACUGGUUCAAGGCAAACAUCCUGGAGAGGUGCCGGCUCCAGAAGAGGCUGUCAUCGGGCCCCGAAGCUCAACGCUCAGAUGUGGAGCUCAGUGCAGAAAGUGACACCAUUCUGCAGCGUGAUGGAAAGCCAGAGGAAGAAGAGCACAUGGUUAAUCAGAGCGCUGGCACGGAAGAGUCUGUUAGAGAGCAAGACCUGCAGGCACAGCUUCACGCCAUGAUGACAGUGCUGAGCAUGUCUGAUGAGGUGGAGCAGCUGGUUCUGAGGAACACGGACCUCACAGAUGACCUUCUGCUGAGCCUGGCGGGGUCACUAAAAAGCAGCCUGUCUGAAGUCACACUACUCAAUCUCAACCUCAACCUCAUUGGCCCCUACGGUGCUCACAUUCUGCUGGACGUUCUGAGAGUGAAGCCCCAGGUCAAAGGCCUGCACUUGUUUGGGAACAAACUGCGUGACCAUGGAGUGCUGACCCUGUUGAACGGAAUAGCUGAGCUGCAGGAACAAACAGCAAGAGCAGCUGCUGCUAUCCAACAGGCUAUGCUUUUCCCAUCAGAACACAAUAUGCUACCUCAGCUGCCCUCUGGAUGGAGCUCUUACAGGCUUUUUACACUUUUAGAGCUGGAUAUUGGAGGAAAUGGUUUGAGCAGCGAUGGGGUGAAAGUGUUAGCAUCAUAUAUGAGAUCCCAUUCCUAUCUUCAGUAUUUAGGGCUAGCACAGACCAGCGGUGCCGAUCUGGCAGCUUGGAAGGAACUUUUUGACAGCUUAAAAGGAAACAGCUCACUGACUCAGAUCAUCCUAGACGAAAAUAACUUGGGUGACCCCGGGGUCAGGCUGUUGGCUGACAUGCUGAAAGAGAACAUGAGUUUGCAGCAGGUGGAUUUAGACAAGAACUGCAUCAGCGAUGUGGGAGGAAAUGACAUCAUGGGGGCUUUGCUUUGCAGGACACAGUUUCCACUGAGGCAUCUGAGCCUCCAGGAGAACAACAUCAGUGCAGGACUAAUGAGCAGGAUACAGGAGGAGGUAAAAUAUAAAUGAGUCCUGCAGGGGUGGAAGAAUACAUUCGCAAACCCUGAAAAACUAUGUAACAUAAACAAAACACUGACUUGAAAACUCAUAAGGUUUGUUGUUUACAUUCC